CAGGACGUGAAACCGACAUGGCGGUUUCUACGAGCAUGCUAACCGAAUCGGUUUUAGGAUGGUGUAUGUUCACUGUCGUACUAUUGGUCAUCCUGGCCUUCUGUUGGUUUUACAUUCGAAAUUACCAGAGUCGACAGGAGAGCGAAGUCAUCUCAACCAUUACAGCCAUAUGUGCUCUGGCCAUCGCACUUAUCACUUCAGCUCUUCUCCCAGUGGAUAUUUUUCUAGUGUCCUUCAUGAAGUAUCAGAAUGGUACAUACAAGGACUGGGCAUCAAGCAAUGAAACAAGGAGGCAAAUUGAAGACACAGUCCUAUAUGGCUAUUACACUCUGUAUGCCAUCAUCCUCUUCUGUGUCUUCUUCUGGAUUCCUUUUGUUUACUUCUACUAUGAAGAAACAGUUGAUGAUAACAUCAGCAAGUGCUCGCAAGCAAAAAAUGCAGUGAAGUACACAGUUGCAUUUCUCAUCAUCUGUGCUGCUCUUCUUUUAAUUGGGGCCUUUGCACCACUGUUGCCUCCACCCAAGCAGAACUCUACCCAAUGGGACAAGCUGCAGUACCUGUUUAAAGAGCUGGGCAGCAACGAUGGUGUGGUGGCACUGUCUUUCUCCAUCAGCUCCCUGACGUUGAUCGGAAUGUUGGCAGUCAUCACAUACACAGCGUACGGGAUGUCUAUUCUCCCCCUGAACCUGAUUAAAGGCACACGCAGUGUCCUCUACGAACAACUGGAGAAUACAGAGGACAUGGAGGAGGUUGAGCAACACAUAGAGAAACUCAAAGCCAAGUGUGAGGAUGGAAGGCCACUCUCCUUGAGAGACCGGAGAAACCUGCAGGAACUGGAAGCUAAGCUUUUGACGCUGCGCCGCCGGGGCCGUCACCUCGAGAAUGCUGAAAGGAACUGCUGCACUAAAGUUGGCAGGGUCCUCCGUCCCUUUAAGAUAUUGCUUGGAGUUUUCUUUAUCCUAGUGGCACUUCUCUUCUUUGUAUCCCUGUUCAUCUCCAAUUUGGAUAAAGCCCUGUAUUCGUCUGGGAUAAGCUCUGGCCUUAUUGUCUUUGGAACAAACCUAACAAACCCCUUAAAUGAGCUGCUGCUGGCAUUGCAACCGGUUUUUCCACUAGACUAUGUAUUGAUCACCAUUAUCACCAUGUACUUUGUGUUCACGUCCAUGGCAGGCAUUCGCAAUAUGGGCAUAUGGUUUUUCUGGAUAAGGUUAUACAAGAUCAGGCCACAGAGAACUCGUCCACAGGCCCUGCUCUUCCUCUGCAUGAUCCUGCUCCUAAUUGUUCUUCACACCAACUACAUGAUCUACAGCCUUGCUCCACAGUAUGCCAUGUACGGCAGUCAAACUUACCUAUGGCAGGAAAACCACACCAUUUCCGCCGUCGUAAAGAUAUGUGAUGUAGACGCUCCGGACGACCAGUGCACAGUGACAAGAUCUUAUCUUUUCCUUCACAAGUUUUGGUUCUUCAGCACCAUCUACUACUUUGGCAACUGGGCAUUUCUUGCAGUGUUCCUCAUUGGUAUGAUGGUGUCAUGCUGCAGAGGGAAGAAGUCAGUGAUUGAGGGUCAAGUGGAAGCAGAUGAUUCUGAUUUCAGUGAUGAUGAGUAUGUUCAGUAAUAAUGGAAAUGUGCUUUUUAUUCUGAUGAUUUAUUUUGUAUGGAUUGUACUGGAUGUACUAUAUAUAUUUAUGGAAACCAAAAGUAGUAUUGCCAGACAAAAGAUGUUUAGCACUUAAUAAAAAUAAAUGCUUGUGAAAAAAAUAAAUAUUUGGGAUAAUUUGAUAUUUACUGUAGGACUACAUAAAGGAUGACUUUCACAUCAUUUUUAACCUAUGGAAAAAAGUGUGAGAUGGUUUAAAUAGGAUUUGCCAGUUCUGUCGAGAUUUUUCUUACUUGUAUUUGCAUGGAAAUCAAUAUAAACAAAGCAAUGAAUACCCAUCCUUUGAUUUGGUUUUCAUUUAAUGAGUGGAAAUAUAUGCUACUAUGGCUAUCAUACUGAUGAUAAUGAUGAUGAUGUUACUGCUUACUGAUAUAAUUAUUUUUGUUCUAAUUUUUGUUACUUUACAUUUUUGAGUCUUGAUAUUAAAAAAAAAUCAUAAAAAGUGUUCUUGCUGUCUUUGAAAUUCCCUUAUUGGGGUA